AUGGAAAGCAUGCCGAACCUCCAGCGUAUGGCGCUUGCCCUCGCUCUCCUCGUUUACGCCCGCAAAACUGUGCGAAGUCUUUGCCAGCAACACGCUCUGCUGCAGCAGAACGAACCUCGUCUUCCAUGGUCCGAUCACGUGCACGCAACUUUUAGAUACGCGUUCAUUGGACAACUUAUCGCCAGCUCGGAGUACCUUUUGUGUCUGGUAAAGCCUCAGCUAGCAAAAAGAAUCGGUCGACUGUUGUUGUGGACACCUCGAGACUGUCGUGCGAAUUGCCGCUAUGGAAUUCAUGAACGUAAUACUCUCGACGUUUAUGGAGUUCAGGAAGGCAAAGCAAAACCAGUUCUUGUUUUUUUGCACGGAGGAGGUUGGACUUUUGGUCAUAAGUGGCAGUAUGCUCUAGUUGGAGAGUAUCUAGCCACACAGGGCUUCCUGGUAGCAGUCAUGAGUUACAGAGCGUUCCCCAUUGGCUCAGUGGUGGAUAUGAUUGAGGACGUUGAGAAUGCUGUCUUUUGGGUGGCGGAGAACUGUCAUGCGCUCGGUGGAGAUCCCAGCAAACUUUAUCUAAGCGGACACUCGUCUGGUGGACACAUAGGGUCUUUAGCCCUGGUAAAGUCUGCUCUCCGUCUAGCUGGCAAUGAUAAGGAGGCUGUGAAGGAAAAGGAGAUUGGAAACUACGUUAAGGGAUUCAUUGGCCUAGCAGCGCCGUACGACGUGUCGGAUCAUUACAUCUUCGAGAGUGAACGCAUCGUGGGGCCAUUUAAUGGAGUACACGAGAUAUCUGCAAUGAAGCCUGCUAUGCUAGGCGUGGCCAAUUUUAAGAAGCACAGCGCGACAGCACUUAUCAAAGAGACGGAAAACAUAGCUUUUUCGCUCCCUGCGUUCUAUCUCCUGCAUGGAGAUAAUGACACGGCUGUUCCUUCAAGCUCUUCGAAGAAGUUUGCUUCCAGUUUGAAGAAAGCAGGCCAAAAUGCUGUCUACUGCGAAGUAGCCGAUUGCACACAUGAAGAUAUGAUUCUUGCAAUGAUGGGAGACACGGUUAGCUGCCGGGCGGAUAUGGUUAAGUUGCUGAAGUGGAUCAUGUUGGAGCCUGCGAGUACCACGGAUACGCAACAGGUAGCGUGA